UCUCAGUUCCUUGGACACCCAGUGUUACUGAUCUGCACUCACCAAUCAACAGACGCAAAUUUAGUGCAAUGGAAAGAGGAGGAGGUACCAGGCAGAGGAGGAACCCUGUUUUGGUCAGGCCAAAUGCUGCAAAGAGGCAUCUGCACCAGCAUCAGGCAAAUGUUGCUGACAAGAAGGUUCCCGCGCCGAACUACUUCGGCGUCGAAGCAUUCCUCGUGCUUGCUUGCCUCACCGUUUCACUGCUCAUACUUCCAUUGGUGCUGCCUCCACUGCCCCCACCGCCGUCGUUGCUGCUGCUCUUGCCGGUCUGCCUGCUCAUCCUGCUGAUGGUGCUGGCCUUCAUGCCGACAGAUGUGCGGAGCAUGGCUACCUCUUACUUGUAAAUAGGCUUCCUUGCGUGGUUUUUUGUUUCUGAUUGUGUGUUGGCAUAAGAUGAGUGCAAUGUGGAGCAUCUUUGCUCAAAACAAUCAUAUUUUGAUGAUGGGGGGUUUAGUAACUUUACAAGGUACUGGAUGGAGUUUGGGGAUUUUGGUGCAUUGCUUUUACAAAACGUGUGCAGGCUUUCUGUCAUGGUGAGGAGAUUAUCUGCCCUGGUCAUAUUAGAUGUGCAUCCACCUCAUUAAACAUUCUUGUGAGUUCUUGGCAAGUAACUGCACUCUUUGGUUGGCCAGCAAAUUGCACAACAUUGUUUUAAAUUGAUUUGUUAAUGCUUCCCAAAUCAUAUUUGUAUUAUAACUUGUCUUCAUUCAGCAGGGCAGUCUACUCAAGGUUUGAAAAAUGUUUUGGAUUCUCAGCUGUUAAUAAUGUUUGGAUGCACUGAGCAUACUUAGAAAUUUGCAUUAUGCUUCACCAAGUUAGUUUUCAGACAAUCAGAUAUUUAAUGUGUAAAUCUUGAAGCAGUUUAAUUUUCGGUGA